ACUAAAAUCUGACUUGUGUUAAUAAAUAUAUGUUUUUCUUAAAUAAAAGAACAUUUUUGAUGUUAAUAAUUGUUUGCAUUCUUAAUAUACACAGUAAAUUAUUUAUUGAAAAGAUAAUUACACUUGUUUUCUACCAAUUUCAUUAAAAAUAUUCAUUUAAAAAAAGAAUUUCAUCGAUUUCACAUAUUUUUACAAAUUUAUUGUUGUGCCAGGCAAUAGAUUGUUUAUUUUCGAAAAACUCUGUGUUGCCACCAUCACGCAAAUUUCGAAGUUAAUAAAGAUGACAGACUGAGGCAACAUAGUUGCUCCAAACUUUAGCUGAUUAUAACAGCGAGCUGAAUUUAGCAAAUAAAAACCUGUGAACUAUUUUAAAAAUAAACAUUUUUUCUUAUAUUAUUUAAAAAUUUAUAUAUUGAGGAAGAAAAACAUAACAACCUUAGAAAUAUUCUAUGUGUUUCCUAAAAACAAUUUGGCAUCACUGUUACUAUGUAAACAUAUGUUUGUUGUCAAAAUGAAAAUUGGUUGCAAAAAAAUCUUUGCGCUUUAAAUUUUAAAAAUAUUAUAAAAUAUGUAUAAUUUGUCGAUUUAAAUUAACCAAAACAAUAAAUAUGAGAAAACGAAAGAAUAUAAACCAGGAAAAAAUUCUUAUGCGGUUUAUGAAAGACCAUACUGAUUUAUAUUUGUAAUGAAAUGAAUUUAUGGGAAUAAAUGAACUUGAACUUGAACCAUACUGAUUUAGGACGGGGUUUUUCGAAGAAAGAUAAGACAUCUCAAGAAAAGUUAUGGACAGCGCUAAAGGACGAGCUUAACGCGGCCGGACCUCCUACAAAAGACUUGGGAGAUUGGAAAAAAACAUGGCUCGAUUGGAAAAGUAAUGUAAAGCGUAAACUUUCCCACAACAAAAAAGAAGUCCGUCAAACUGGAGGAGGCAAUUUUAAUCAAUAUAUUUUAAGCCAAUUAGAGGAAGAAGUUGCUAUCAUAAGUGGUAUAUAUGAAACAGUUGAUGGAAUAAAAAAUACUCAGUCUUUUGGAAAACGUAUUGCUUUAAAAUCUAAUAAUGAUGACAUAUGUAUUUCUUCUUCAGAAUCUGAUACCUCAUCAUCUCAGUCACAAGGUCCAUCAACUUCAGUUCCAAAAAAAAGAAAACGUACAAAUCCCUAUAAAAGUCCAACUCAAAACAAAAGAAAAUCUAACGGAAAUCUGGAAGAAUUGAUGAAAAAUGAAAGUUACCAAUUGGAAAGCAUUGGCCAAAAAAUAAAACAGCUUUCCGAAAUUAAAAGCGAAGAGCGAUCAGUUCUGGAAAAUAAAUUAGAUAUUAUUGGUAACAAACUAGACAACAUUUGUACAAAUUUGGAAAAAAUUGGAAAAAAAUACGAUGCCUUAAUUGAAGUUGAAACAAAAAAGCUACAGGAAGCAAACCGCCAUAAUAUUUGUAUGGAAAAAAUGUAGUAUGAAAAUUUAAACACUAUUAAAAGCGGUUGAAAUUAAGCCACUUAUGUUUAACACUAAUACGUUUCAAAAUAAUUUAUUUUAUUAGUACAAAAAAUUUAUCUUAAAGUAACUGAAGUACCUUAUUUAUUUUUGU